AUUCCAUCAAGCACGACAAGCAAGAUGACGAGCAGCAGCCUCCUUCUGUGCAUCACGACGGCGACCAAGGACGGGUCGACCACCAAGUUUUCUGUCUCCAGCGCCGGCGACGUGACGCUCACGACGCCCGACCGCCGCGUCUCGAUGUCGAUUGACAUUGCGCGCUUCCUCGCAGCGUACGCGUCGCUGCUCGAGGUCGUUGGCACGACGUCGCCGAGCCACAUCCGCGUCAAGGGCACGAGCAGCCACGAGUGCCACCACGUGCAGAUCAAGCUGCGCCACGUCCAGCGCCGCCUCUGCGUGCAUGGCCAGCCGACAACCGACGUCGGCAAGUACACGGACCGCAACGACCGCGAGCCGCGCCACGUGCCGCACGAGAUCGCAACGCUCUUUGGCGUCUGCCGCGAGAACGGCUGGACCUACUAAGCAUAUCUCGCCCUUGUAUUUAAGAUUCCUAAUGUAUCACCUCGUAUGUACGC